AUGCCUGUUGAAGAGGCAAAUUCAACAUGGCACCCGGCGUUUAUGCCCAAUGCUGCUCAUGACAUCCCAACUCAACCUUCAAAGACCCCUUCCGCGACGGCAACUCCAGAGGCCCAUAACGAAGAUGCAUCGCCGUCAACGGCUGAUGUCUCCGUGGCAGAUAAGGAUCCUUCUUCGCAGGAAUCCAUUCAGACUGAACCCGAACUCGAGCAGACCAAUGCUGCUACGGAGCAAGAGGCAACUACACUAGCCGCAGAAUCCGAAGCCACCCCCCAGCCAGCUCCGGCAGCGGCGAAAUCGACUCCCUCGAAGCACCUUCCGUCAGACUCGUUUGCGCGUACUGUCGCGCACGAGGCUAACUGGGAUGGCGAUGACGAUGUAGAAUGGAGUCUUCCGGAGACAGAUGCAGAUCCUUUCAAGUUUCUGGGUCCCUCCGACCGCACCAACUCGUUCCCAGUCGUGCCGCCCAUGCAACAGUCGAUCCAAAAAGAGUCACAGCGUCCGGAGCGUCUACUGCCCGCCAGUCAAGCUGAGGAGCUUAUGGCCGAACUUGAUCGCGAAGCCUCGCCUGUCAAGUAUGCCGCCGAAAGCUCGGAAAGACAACUGUUUGAUGGAGAAGCUCAGCCAGAGAACCCAACGUCAGAUCGUCCCACUGAGGAGUUCUCCCGCCGAGAUGUGGCAUCUCCCACCGAUGCGGAAGCACCUGAUGCACGCUAUGAGGAGGGCGUUCCACUGAUCUCCAGGGAGCAGGCUCCAGACUACUCGACGAAAACCACAGAAAAUAGUCAUGACCCCUUUGCCAACGACACGACAGGUGAAGAUGACUUUUUUGCUCAGAUCGGCGACUCUAGCAAACCGACCGCGGAGGACGAUGGCAGUUCCUUGCCCGAGAGGCCCCUGGAGCGCAAAUCUACCAUGCAAGUUUUGGGGGCAUUGGAUGAUCUUGCUUCGCCCAGCAGGGCUGACACAGGUCUUGAGAGCAUGAUGGAGGAGGAGUCCGCGGAAGAUGGGGACUUCUGGAACCAGCAACAACCGCUUGACGAAGGCCAAGAGCAGCAAGAGGCCAAGGCCGCUUCGGAUGAAGGUGCGGCUGGACAGACUGAGGCCGAACCUCAGGAGAACAGCGCAGACCUGGCCGCUAAGUGGGCUGCUGCUUUUGACGAUGAUGAUGACGAUGGGUUUAUUCUCGAUGAUCCUUCGAAGGAAGUUGAUCCUGCUGCAUUCUUCGGGGAUGAUGACGACGGUUUUCUCGACGAUGCUGAAGAUACCCCUGAGCAAAAUACUGUUACGCAAGAUGCUGUAUCUACUCAACCGCCUGCACUGAAUGGAAGGUAUACUCCCGCGCAGAACACGCCGACGACCUCGCGUCAACCCUCAAACUCCAGCCAGUACUAUCCCGGUCAAACGCCAUUUGUACCCCAGGCUGCUGUUCAGCCACCAGUUGCAACUCCUUUUGCACCCGCCCCGGCGUUUGGUGCUCCUCCACCGCGCCCAGAAGCAAACAAAGCCGCUAGCUUUGCCGACAAAUCCAAGGGCGGCUACACCUCACCCUACGACCUCCCGGCUGAUAUUGUCAAGCCUAGAAAGCGGCCCACUGCGCAGCAAAAGUCUCCGCUGGUAGGCGCAUCUCAGCCCCCACCUGGCCCUCCUGGAGUCCGGGCCUCUUCUGCCCCUAUGUCACCGCCUCCCCCAGGACGUACCAGUCAACCAGUGUCGCCAGCAAAGCAGCCGCCCCAAAGGUCUCAGUCUGGGGGCGAGGGCUUCUUUGCAGAUCUUCCUCUUGCGCAACGUGCUAGGCCGGCAUCUCGAACCAGUCUGCACGGCAUGCCAUCGCCCCAGAUCAAUGCAACCGGUCCUCCCCAAAUGCGAGCCCAGGUUUCUCCAAGUUCUGCUCCUGGUCAGCUGCAGUCUGUCCCCACUCCGGCAGCACCCCAGACGCCCUACAGCCAACCGCCGACUACGUCUAUGCCGCCACAGGCUGGAUACACACCUCCUGCAGCGGCCUCUAGUAUGACGGGCGGCCUCGUAGCACCCGAGCGUGUCAGUCCAUACGCUGCACUGCAGUCUGGCUCUGGGACGGCACCAUUCGUCCCUCCCGCAGCCGUUGCCAGCAGGUACUCGCCUGCUCCACCUGCUGCACCGGCAUCAAACAGGUACUCUCCAGCUCCGACGGGUAAUCGUCCAGCAAGUGCUACCUAUGCCCCGUCUCAUUCGGUAGUUGCUCCCCCAGUGCUGCCCCAUCAGCCUCGGACUUCUAGUCCGCUGGCUCACUUUGAGAUCUCGCAUGAUCGUGCCAGGUCAGCUGGCACAGCUCAAGCGGAUGGUGCUCAUCCCGAUCGGCGUGUCGCCUCUGCUAUGCACGAGCCGAGACUGAGCCGCAUGCCCUCGUUGCCUUCAACCCGUGAGGUUGAUGAAGAGACUCUCCCCCAGGUGGGCCCUCCUCCCUCAUCACACAGUCGGCCAUCUUCGCAAGGAGUAACGGGACCACCGCAGGCGCCAUCUCAAAUGUCCCAACGGUCCAGGCAAACACCUCCCCCGCCAGUCACGGUUGCGCAGCAACAUGCCACAUUGUCACCGCCAAAGAGGGUAUCGAGCUACACGCCGCAAUCUCAAGCACAGUCAACGCUGUCACCACAUGGAUCCGAUUUUGUACCCCCGCCGCGAUCACACACUCAGUCGCCUGGCGCAUUGUACGGUAGGGGAGCGGUGAACUCGACGGAACCAGUACCUAGGCCGUCUUCUGUCCAUGAUCCUACCUCACCUCGUUCUGCCACCUCUGCCACGCAUUCUUUCAUACCCAUGACGCCGGCACCGGCAUCUGCUCCCAUGACCAUGCCGUCUAGACCUCGCAGGGCCUCACAGAACCUCAACCUUGUUCCUCCUACCGACGGUCGCGAGCAUGACCCGCUGCAGAGGUGGAAGGGCGCGCCGAUUGUCCGAUGGGGCGUUGGCGGCGCUAUCGUGACAUCAUUCCCUAAGGAUGUUCCCAGGUAUGGUAUCAACCAGACCUUGCCCAUGAUACUUCGCAGCCCAGGUGAAGUCAAAAUCAAGAGCAUGAAGGAAAUCCAACCUCUGGAGGAGCGUCUUGGCAAAUUCCCGGGCCCUCUCAGAGGCAAGUCAAAGAAGAAGGAGGUUGUAGCCUGGCUCACUACCGGCAUCGAGGAUCUGGAGAGGAACAACCCGGUAAAUUCGUUCCGCGCUCAGACCACCUUGGAGGACAAGCGAACUGAAGAGCGGGUGCUUUUGUGGAAGAUCUUGCGCCUCUUCAUCGAACAUGACGGAGCUCUAGAGGGCUCGCCUGCAGUUGACAAGGCUGUUCGUAACAUCUUAUCUCCUGGUCUUGACGAGUCUCUAUCGGAGCCAACGACAACCUUCACGCUGGGACAGGACUCAGCAGGCCUUCAAGGCUCUUUCGCCACGCAAAUGAAGUCCGAUGCUGUCGACUCUGCAGUCGUCGAGCAGAUCAGGAGAAGUCUGCUCGGGGGAGACCGCGAGAAGGCAGUAUGGGAUGCCGCUGAUAAACGCCUGUGGGGACAUGCUCUGCUCAUUGCGAACACGGUAUCGCCAGACCUGUACAAGAAGGUGUCCCAAGAGUUCGUCCGCAAGGAAGUGAACUACCCCGGGCACAACAACGAGUCUUUGGCCGUCUUGUAUGAAGUUUUGUCCGGAAACCACGAGGAGUGUGUCGAUGAGCUGGUUCCUGUGCAUGCCAGAGCAGGUCUCCAACUGAUGCCUACCAACAGCGUCCAUGGACAGUCUACCGAUGCUCUUGCCGGUCUUGACAAGUGGCGUGAGACACUCGGGUUGAUUCUGAGCAACAGGAGCAACAACGACUCCCAGGCAAUCAAUUCGCUGGGUAACCUCCUGGCCGGUUACGGCAGGGCAGAGGCUGCUCAUAUAUGCUACCUGUUUGCACGCAGUGCCACCGUAUUUGGUGGCCUGGAUGACCCUACCUCGCACUUUGUGCUAGUGGGUGCUGACCACAAGAGGCAGGCUGAUCAGUUCGCCAAAGAGACCGAGGCUUUACUUCUCAGCGAGGUCUACGAGUAUGGCCUCUACCUUGGAGCUGGCGGAAACAAGGAUGUCAACUGCCCGCAUCUGGCAGCGUACAAGCUGCAGCACGCCAUGACGCUUGCCGAGACUGGGUUCCCCGACAAGGCUUUGCAGUACUGCGAGUCUCUGGCCCACGCCAUCACAUCUCAGACUAGGCGCUCGCCGUACCACCACGGCGUCUUGGAGGCUGCUGUGGAGAACCUCGCCAACCGCCUCAGGCAAGCUCCCAAGGAAGAGUCGAACUCGUGGAUUUCCAAGCCCAGCAUGGGCAAGGUUUCUGACUCUGUCUGGAACCGCUUCAACAAGUUUGUGGCCGGUGAUGAUUCUGAGCCUAGCGAGAACGGCAUGCUUAACCCCUCUGGCUCUGCGGGUCCCUUUGCGCGUGUGGCUGGAGGCACGCCCACAAUCAGUCGUCCGGCAUCACCACCAAACGCCACCGGCAUGGAGAUGUUUGGCGGCGGUGCCCAGGGCCUUCACUCGUUCGCACCUCCCGCAUCGCAAGGUCCGCCACCGCCGGCCACCAGGGCAAGCUCACGGUACGCUCCCGGAGCGCCAGCCUCGUCGAAUCCUUAUGAGCCUCAGCAAGCGUACGGUGCGCGGGCUCCAUCCGCUGGCCGAUCCUCAGGGGAGUACAGCCGCAAUUCUCCCGAGGCGUCCCGCAGGUCGUCGGAAUUCCAGAGGUCUGGCUACUCGCCAUACCAGCCGACAGGGCUGCACUCACCUGCUACCAGUCAAAAUGGCUUUGCUCCCACGUCUAACAACGAGUCUUCGUAUGCACCGAAACCUUAUGGAGACUCUGGAUCGUCCCCAGCAGAGUCCGCACCGGUGCCUUCGUUUGGAUACCAGCCAUAUACCCCUGAUUAUUCAGCAGGGAACGGAUCUGCACAUGGCGCGUCACCAAGUGACGAAAAGAAGACGACCAGCGAGGAACCCGAAAUGCCUUCGUACGGAUAUCAACCGCCACCUUAUAGCUACGAGCCCCCAUCGAUGCCGACAAACGACGAGUCGUCAAACGAAAACUCUGAGCACAAGGGUGAAGAGCCCUCCUCGACCGGUGGCUACGAGCCACCUAGCUUCCAACCGUAUGAACCACCGGCGUACGAGCCUGAUCCAGAGAUGUCACGCGAUGACGAGGGUGAAAAGGGCAGCGAUUCCAAGCAUGAUUUCAAGCCCAUCAGUUUCAUGGACGAUUCUGCAUCGAUAGCAUCGACGUCGACCUCGAACAAGAAGUCCAAGGAGGAGAUUGAAAAGGAGAACCAAGAAUUGUUCCGCAAGGCGGCUGAAGAGGACGCUAAACGUGCCGAGGCCGAAAAGGCUGCCAAGGCCAAAAAGGGCUGGCUUGGAGGCUGGUUCGGCGGUGGCUCUGCAAAGAAGGAUCUGGCUGCCGAACAGCCCAAGGCCGUCAGAGCCAAACUAGGCGAGCAAAACAGCUUUUACUUUGACCCGGAACUCAAGCGCUGGGUCAACAAAAAGGCGGGAUCAGAUUCCGGCUCGACUCCAACAUCGACGCCGCCGCCACCGAAGGGAGGACCGCGUUCUGCGGCAGGGACACCACCGCCACCAGCUGCAGGUGGUGGGAUGAUGGCUCCCCCACCUCCCGGCGGGAGAUCGAGCGCGCCGCCCCGUGGACCUCCACUCUCAUUGUCGGCCUCCAGCUCGAAUCUUGCAGCAGUGGCGGCAGCAAACGCAUCACAGUCCUCGCUGCUGGGAACCACGCCGCCGACGCUGCAGCGCACAGCAUCAAAUGGCAGCGAGGCAGGGCUUGCACCACCCUCACGUCCGAGCACCAGUAUGAGCAACGCCAGUAGCAUUGAUGAUCUACUGAGUGCAGCAGGCCCAAGGAAGCCUGGUGCCAAGAAGGCCCGGAAGAGUGGGCGCUACGUCGAUGUCAUGGCCAAGUAG